UAAAGGCAAACGCUCGGUCUAGAUAUACUAUGUCUAUGGUUGCGCUACUGUAUAUAUUGUAGCAUAGUCGAAUUCUGAUUACGCUAACGUGAAAUUGUGUAAGUCAAUAUCAAAAAUCAAAAUCAUCAAAACCCAUAAAAGAAGAAAAAGCAAGGAGAUUUUUCACGUCAGUGUGGGCCAGAAAGAAAAGAAAAAAGAUUUCUACGAUGGAUCUGUACGAGUUGCUUGGUGUAGAGCCUCAUGCUACAUUUGCAGAGAUUAAAAAGGCAUAUCGAAAAAAAUCAUUAACUUGCCAUCCAGAUAAAAAUCCCCAUAAUCGGGCAGCAGUAGCAGAAUUUUACAAGCUAUCAGAAGCAAUAAAAUUGUUAUCUGAUAAUAAAGCUAGAGCGGCAUAUGAUGAAAGUAUCGCUGCAAAAAAACGAGCAAAGGAACGUAGUAGAGAAUUUGAUGCCAAGAGAAGAAAAUUAAAAGACGAUUUGGAAGCUCGAGAGGAGACUUUUAAGCGAGCAAAAUCUGACGAGGAACGAAUGAAAACGGAAAUAGAAAAAUUACAAAAGGAAGGAGAAAAACUGCUAGAAGAGGAGGCUUUGAUACAAAAACAACGGAUGCAAAAUCUGUGCAAGGAAUUUGAUAAAAAGGAAUCUAAUACAAAAAGUUUUAUAAUCAAAAUUAGAUGGCAUACACAAGAAGAUGAUCCAUCCAAUGGUGGAUAUAAUCAUGAUGUUCUAUAUAAAAUGUUUUCAAAAUAUGGAGACAUAGUAGCACUUGUUGUGUCAUCUGCAAAAAGAGGCACAGCAAUGGUAGAAUUUGAAGAUAAAAGUGCAGCAGAAACAGCUCUUUUAACACAGAUUGGAUUAAUCAAAAACCCACUAAAACUUCGUGGUCUAUGGAAUGGACCACAAAAACAUUCAAGUGCUAAUUCUAAUAUUGGACAAUUAUCUCCUGCAGGCACACAUUUGAAAAAUGAAAUAAGCAAACCUCUCAGCUUUGCUUCUGCACCUGACAUAUUUGCGCAAGUAAAAUAUAGAAUGUCAGAUGCAGAAUUUGAAGUAUUAUCUAAUUUAAGAAGAGCAGAGGAACGCAAACGGCUCAUUGAAGAAUUGAAAGCAGAAGAAACAUAAAAUUUUAGUAUUAUGUAUUUACUUUUUCUAUAUGAGAAAUAUAUAUCGACAGUAGAAAUAUUAUUGUAUAUAUUAAUGCUUAACUUUUAAUGAUACUACAAACUGUAAAUAACUAUAAAAAAUAAAGCCAUUAUUAAAUUCACAUUUC